UAUUAUCUCUGUUUUCUGCUCUCAUAAUUUUCCUUUUCCAAAUUAAUUCUCCUACCAGUUGAACUUUUCACCAAAGUGUGGAAGGUGGUGAUGAAAUUUCUUUAUGUUUAAGUUCCGUUUCUCUAGUUUUUAAAUUAAGUUCUAAAAUUUUUUAUAGUUUACUUAAACUUGUUGGAUUAAUAUCGUUCUAGGAUUGUUAGCAAGUGAUUUUAUAUAUAAUCAUGUCAUUGAAGAUAAUUUUAUUUCUUGGUUCCGUACGUGAAGGCAGAAACUGUACUAGAGUGGGCAGUUUUAUAAAGAAGAAAUUAGAAGAGAAAAAUCACAUUGUUAGAGUGUUUGAUCCUUUAACAAUGGAAUUUCCAAUGCUCAAGAAACCACUUCACUUCCAUGGUCCUGAUCAGACACCUCCUGAAUGGUUAGUGAAAUAUAACGCUGAAAUAGAAAAUGCUGAUGCCUAUGUUGUUGUGAGUGGUGAAUAUAACAGAUGCAUCCCUCCAGCACUGACAAACAUGAUGAAUCACUUUCCACCCAAAUCUUACAGAUGCAAACCUUGUAGCAUUGUUUGCUACUCUGCAGGUACUGGUGCUGGAUCUACUGCUGGUAUGCAACUACGAUACUUUUUAGGUGAAUUGGGCAUGGUAACUCCAGGAUUUAUAUUCGGAAACGCUGUGGUGCAUACUGCUUACGAUGCAGAAGGAAAUCCUACACCAUCAAAUGAUACUGCUAUUUCAAAAGCUGCUAGGCUUAUCUCCGAACUUGAGUGGUAUGCUAAUGCAUUAAAGAAUCAAACUCAAAAAUGCGGCUUGCCUUAAUAAAUAGUAGCAUUAUUUUCUUAAAUUACAGAAUAUUCUUAUUGUUUCUACAAAUUAGAUGGCUUUCACUAUUAUAUUUUUAGAUGAAUUCUUAUUUUUUAUUCGAUUAACUUAUGCCUUUUUAUUGACAUUUUUUUAAUUCAAUGCAAGUAAUUCAUUUCCUUGUUACCCUGAAUAAAUUAGAAGUUAUUUUUUAAAUGUAUGUUUACAUAGUGUUCUAUUAGGAUAGCCUUUUGUGCAUAUUUUUAGAAUACAUAUCAGAAAUUCAGUAAAAAAAUAGUAUACACAUAAGGAGUUUCAAAUUAAUAUUAAAAUGAGGAAAAGACAAAAUUUUUUAUCAAAAUGUAAUAAAUUACUACUAACAUAGGGAGGACUGAAACUUUUAAAGACUAAUUUAACAAAUGAAGCAGGGGAGUAGUUAACUCACUGAUGGCUGUGCUCGUAAAAAGUCUUAUCUUAACCUGCAGUAAAUCCGCCCAAUUUUGCCGGUUUGCUAAACUACGAAUGGACUUAAAAUUAUAGCUUAGUUUCACCAGGCUUUUUUUUGUUGUUUUUCAUGCCACUUUUUUCACUUGUGAUUCACCAGAUUCUGAUGAAGCUUUUGUUUUUUAUUAAAUUAAAUAUUAAUUAGUAACACAGUAUAUGCAUACAGUUUGAACUCAUUUUUGACUAGUAUAAUAAAAAUUUGUAUUAAGGGUGGUCAUUCCAGAACAUCCUGUAAAUUCAUAUCAAGUUUAUUACAAUAAUUUUGCUAAGUCACUUGCAUUAAAUUAAAUCAUACUUAGUUUUAUACAUUUAAUGAAACAAUCUCUGAAUCAAUCAAUCUUAUUAAUGAAUAUUUCGUAUUUGAAGUUUUAAAUUGUUAAAUAUUAUUUAAAAUUGUAAUUGUUAUUUUUAAUUAUGUUGUAAAAUCGAUCUGAUUCUGCCUUAAAUAUAUUUAAUGACAUAUGUAUUUACAUUUUGACAUAUUUUUUUACAUUAAAGUGCCUUUUUGUAUUGAAAGUUUAUUUUUAGUCACUUGGUUUUUGCUAUUUACAAUCAUAUAUAUGAGAGAAUGUUAUUUGUUAUCAAUCUGUGUUAAAAUUUUUAAAUUUGCUGAAUAUUUUAAAAAAAUUUCGCCUCAGGAAAAUUAGCAUUUACAAUUUAGAAUUGCAAAUGUGGGAUGUUAUUAUUUAUUUGUUUCAAAACAUUUAGCUUAGAUUGAUAUUUUUUUUACUUCAAUGUUAUGCUUAAGAUAUUUAAUAAGAUUUUAGUUUGUGUUACAGUUUAGUUUAAAUUUGAAUUUCUGAUUUUUUACUUUUUUGUUCAAUUUUUCUUAAGUUGUAGUUUUACUUGUGAUACUAUGCAAUACACUCAACAACAUACAUUACGUUAACCCUCAAGAUUUGAACCCCUAGAUAAAAUUGCAUAUAAAUUUCUCUGCUACAUUCUACUUUCCCAUUGAAUUCCAUUGGAGAAAAUUGGUUUUUAAGGCAGGAAAGCUUGCAGCUGAAAGUUUGAAAAAAACCAGAACUUACGCUCUGAGGGUUUAAAACGUAUGUAUUUUGUUGAAUUGAAAGCAUUUUUAUUUGUUUCUGGUUAUAAAUGAAAUUAAAAUCAAAAAUUGUUAUUUGCUACAUAAUAAAAAGGUGCUUUUCAGAA